AUGACUGCACAACAACAACACUCGGACGCGGAGGAUAAUUUGAGAGCAAGCCUACCGACCUUCCAUCGGAAGCUGAGUCCCAAUGAACUCUCGUACUUCCUUCCGGGCAGAGUUAACGGAACCAAUGAGAUGUUUCUCUUCUCUACGGUCCACAUACCCCCAGCACUUGUGACGCCGUUGAGGGUGCAGAUAGCUUGGGCCAUUGUUCGCCUUCGGCAUGUACUCAUGGCUAGUCGCGUCCAAAUGAGCGUUGGGCGCUAUGACGAUGCGCAAUUCGUCUAUACUCCACCGGCCAGUCCCCGCGAGGCUCUCCUGCAAGCCAGUUCUUCGGUCGGGAGGUACAACAACGUGUCCGAAACUAAAAUCACGGACGAGUUCCUCAAUGGACCUCCACGACUUUCCUUCGACGCGCUCUCUCGGUUGGACGUUUUUCAGCAGAAACAGAUAUCGGAAGACCUUACCGCCUUCACGUUUUUCUUCAUGGUGCACCAUAUGAUUAACGAUGCGCGCGGGGUUUACAAGACUCUGGAUGUCGUCCUUGAACUUGUGGCGGGGGUUGUUGGGCCUGGUAGCUCCCGGCCAAGGACAGACGAGGAGUUGCUUGACGAGCUCAACGCGGAAUGGGUCAAACGAUGGGAGCAUAGCAUGCUCGGCUUGGAUGUGUUCCCGAAAUCUACGGAGGACAGGGUUUUGCCCCGUCCUCGCACCAAGCUGCAGCGAGCUGCUGACAGAGUCGACUACGACAACUUGCAGCGCCGAUUCAUCGGCGGCCACUCGUUCAAGCGCGCCAAAAAUCCCACGCGCACGCGUCUCGUCCAGAUCGUCUUCGACGCCGAUCAGACCCAAAAAAUAAUCAAGAAAUGCAAGUCCCAAGGCGUCACUACGGGGAACAUCAUGUUCGGCCUGAUAAACGUUGCCUGGCUGCGUUUCGCUGCCCGUCAUCCCCGCUUUGUUGACGCUCAUCCCCAACUCCCGAUGCUCCUCUACACGGCCAUCAGCCUGCGGGAAUAUCUCCAGCCGGUCUCUGGACCGGACUCACACGUGUCGCUCGCAUUGGGGUACCACAAUGUGGUGCUCCCAACCGUCGUACCCACAGAGCGCUCAUUAAAAGCGGUGUUUUGGACACGGAGCAGAGAGGCCCAGCGGCAAAUGCGGAGUUAUGUCCGCAGUCCGUUGCUGUUGAGCCGUUCCUUAGUCAUUAGUGAGGAGCGUGGGCGUCGUGCUAAAGCUUGGGCACGAAUAGACGACACAGCGGCUGGUUUAAUACCAGCAGCGCCCCCAAUCAACAAUCAAACCACACCACCAUCACAAACAAACUCGACUCCUUCAAUAGCCCUUAUGGGUGUUUCCCAAGCUGGCAAAAUCAGCGAUGUCUACCGCACGCAUCUCUACCCGAGCGCCAAACUCGUCGACGCCUUUGGUGGCCCCAGACGCGGUCCUGGCGCGGGUGUGCUGCUGGUCACCGACACGUUCUUCGGGCGAUUCGGGAUCACGUGUUUCUGGGAUGGAGGGGCGUUUGAGCGCGGGGUAUUUGAGGAGUUUCUCGCAGAGGUUAUAACGGGAAUGCAAGAGUUUGUGGUGGAGGAUAAGGGUCGGCCAGUGCAGGUCAUAGACAGAUGUGGGGGAAGCAGCUUACGAGCCAAAUUAUAA